AUGAGGCUGGUCUCUGCUCAGUUUGAACUAUUGGUGGUUUGGAUCAUCGGCUCCUGGGGUUGGUUAAGUAAUAAAUGUGUCCUCUAUGACAAGAAAUCUAAUUACUGGCUUUCCAUUCACUCCAGUUCCUGCCCUCACAGCAACCUAACUGCCGUUUGCUGGGAUUUAUCUGAUCUCAAACUCAACCUUUCCAUUGUUCCGUCAAACUACCAGGCUCUCUGUCUCGAGAUCAGGAGUGGGUCUGUGAUGCAGUCUGGGGCUUUAUCUCGAUUCUCCGUCCUUGAGACCAUUCACAUACGCGGAUGUCUGUCCACGAUUCUCACUGGAACCUUCAAGGGGCUGUCCCAUGUGAAGAAACUCUAUCUGCUGUGUAUGGAACAGUGUUACAAUUCCUCACUUCUACCUAACACAUUCAGUGACCUGACUAAUCUUGAGGAAUUGUCCAUUGAGAACUACAGGCUUUCUGUGAUGGCACCGGACGCAUUAGGAGGGAUACCUCUUCUGAAGAAACUCACAGUCGAUAGUUGUACAGAAGAGCUCUCUGAUUUGCUAUGUAGGAUAGUCAAUAUGUCACAGUCAUUGACAGCCCUGGACUUCACUUCAGAUGGCAUAGUCAUUUUAAGGCACCCAAACUGUUCUGACACCAACGGAGCUGUUCUUGAGUUUCCUUAUUUCUACCGUCUUCAAGAGGAGUUUCUUAACUUCCCUAAUGCCCACCAUUUAGAAAAAUGAGCAUUAUAAUGCUUUGAAAACAUUUCCUCUCUUUUUUUGCCUGACAAUGAU